ACUGACACAGCAAUGCAUUAAGUUUAAGUUGCUAGUCAGUUAUCUCUAGCUAGUUUGUGCAUUUUGGUUAUUCUUGUUGUUUUGAAAGAUGGAUUAUUUUUUUCAUAAACGCAAAAAGAUGAUCUUUGAAGAUCUGGGAAACGGAAAAGCUGAAUCUUCUUCUCAGAGGCCUUAUCAGGCUGUGGCAUCAAGAGAUUUUCAGAUCAAUCAAUACAGCUUUAAAUGAUUAUCGGAGACUCGUUAACAUGAUUGGGACCGACAAAGACAUUCCUGGUCAUCGAGAUAAUCUGCGAGUUCAUCUAUCUCUAUGUCUCUUCAAUUCGUUAUUUUGGCUCAGAAUAUUUGUAUAAUAUUUUUGGUGUAUUUUGGUGAUUGUAGGCAUAGUACAAAACAAAGAAUUUGUCACUUGGUGAAGGAGACUACUGCUAGCCUCAAAGUGCUGAGGGAAUGCGAUCAUGGUGUCGGCGUUAAUACAAAGAAGAUAAUAGAAGACGCAAAGCUUGCAAGGGAUUAUCAGGUAACCUUGCAAGAAUUUCAAAGACUUCAAGUGCUUGAUAUUGGACGUGAGGCAGCUUUUAAACCUGAAAGAGAACAAGAUGGUACUGCGUCACAUGAUGAGUCUACUGCUACCAAAUUACAAUUUGUCAGUGCUCAUCAGAGCAUGAAGUCUAGGCCUUCGUGGAUGAACUUUAUUUUUGGCAAAAGGAAAGAAAAGAAUUCUCAAGAUCUUGAAAAAGGAGGAGCUCAAUCUUCUUCGUCAGAAAGUCAUUACCAGGCUGUGGCAUGGGAGCUUUUUCAGAUCGAUGCAGCUUUAAUCGGUUAUCUAAAACUCCUAAACAUGGUUGGGACAGAUAAAGAAACUCCGGACAAUAUCCAAAAUUUACAUAUCACUAAACAAAGGAUUGGAAAGUUGAUGAAGGAGACUUCUGUUAACCUCAAAAGGCUGAGGAAUUCUGAUCAGGGUGUUGGCAUUAACACAAAUGAGAUAAGCGAAGCAAAACUUGCAAGGGAUUUUCUGGCAAUUUUGCAAGAUUAUCAAAUAAUUCAAGGGCUUGCCAUUGAACGCGAGGCAGCUGCUUUUACUCCAGAAAGAUUUGAAUAAAUGUAUUUUCUUUCUGAAUUACGUAUCAGUUAGUUAAUCAUAAAAUCCUCCUGCUUAAUUACUCUCUUCUGUUUGUGGCCCAGCUAUGGUGCAAAUGAGCAAAUAGGUCUUGAUUUUGAUCCCGAAUGCCGUCCUUUCCUCGAAGAACAACACAAGAGUGUAGCCUUGUGGAACCUGGAAUGACAUGUUUCUGUGGCCCUCUCUCUCUGUCUCUGGAAACCAAAAAUACAGACAAGAGGCCCUCAUGCUGGAAAACGAGGUUGUUUUUGACAAAGCCAUAAGAGAUGUUCAAUCGGAUAUUGGGAAAAUACAUGAUCUCUGCAGGGACCUUGCCGUUCUUAUUCAUGAUCAAGAUACUGCUGCGUCGCAUGUGGAGUCUACUGCUGCUCAAAUACAAGUAGUCAAGGUUCCCAAAAGAGCGUCUCCGUCAUCAUGGUACUGGUGGGUGCUGAUAAUCUUGGUAUUGGUGCUGGUCAUUGUUCUCCUCUGGCGUGUAUUAUAGAAGUGCAUCGCCACAUUUGGCUUGCAAGAUUUGGUCGCGAGUGUAAUUUUAGAGGCACUACUGUUGAUCUUUUACGUUUUUAUUUUUUAAGAAGCAACCGUCUGUAAGUGGCUCUUACGGGAUGUAUGUUUCUGCUGAUUUACUUUCAAAAUACAGUACGAGCUUAUUUCCAUCUGUCA